AUGGCCAUUCUUUUGCUCCUCGUGCCGCUCCUCGCGAGCUACGUGGCUGCCCAGUACAGAGGCUCGUUCGACGGCUCCGCAUCGCUGGUCCGAGCUCGGCAGGCCACAAACACCAGCGGCUCCACCUUCACCAACCCCGUUCUGGACGACGUCGGCGCCGACCCUUGGGUGUUCCGCUACAAUGACUACUACUACCUCACUUACACGACCUCCUCGGAUAUCACGCUUCUGCGCAGUCCCGUCUUGACCGACUGGAACAAUGCCGAGAGGAAGCUGUUGUACCAGCCGCCAAAGGGUACCAACUACUCGACCAAUCUCUGGGCUCCUGAGCUACACAACCUCGACGGCAAUUGGUAUGUCAUUUUUACUGCCGAUCCCAACAACGACAGCCCGCCUCCGGAGGUCGACAUGCUCUGCGAGUUCAACUGUCCGGCUGUAUAUCAUCGUAUGUACGUCCUCGAGGGUCUAGGAGACGACCCCUGGGACGCCACCUUUACUUUCAAGGCCCAGCUGGAUACAUAUGACCAGUUUGCCAUAGACGGAACGUAUUUUCAGCACAGUACUGGUCUGUAUCACAUCUAUUCGUGCUGGUACCGUCAAUACGACGCCUGGCCGGCCAAUCUGUGCAUCACCAAAAUGGAAAACCCGUGGACCGUGGCGUCCAACUUCUCCGAGCGCCAGAUCAUCAGCGUUCCCAGCAAUCCGUGGGAAAAGACGCCCUACGGCCGGCCGUUCAACGACCGGAUGAGCUCGAACGAGGGGCCGCAGCAGCUGACGAACCCAACCACAAAUCAGACAUUUCUUAUCUAUUCCGCUGCCCGCUCCGACAAUCGCAACUACUGCCUCGGCCAGCUGGAGCUGGUGGGCGACGACCCGAUGAACCCGCAGGACUGGCGCAAGAACAACGAGGGCUGCGUCUUCUACCAGGACGCGCGCGCCGAGGCCUACGGCGUCGGCCACGCCAGCUUCGUCAAAAGCCCGGACGGCUCCGAGGACUGGAUCGUCUACCACGGCAUGCGCAAUCCCAUCACCGGCUGGGCUGCCCGCACCAUCCGCGCCCAGAAGUUCGAGUGGAACGAGGAUGGUUCUCCCGCCUUCCCGCGCCCGGGCUACGGCCCGUAUCCUGUGCCGGCGGGCCAGUCUUGA